AUGGCGUCUGCGAAGAGAGGCCCGUCGGUGCUGGUGACCGACUCGCGAGAACGGCCUCCGCAAAGGGGUUCUCUCCAGCGACAGAAUACCGGCAUAGGCGCCGCCCAGGGUCGGCCGGCCAUGCGCUUCAUCUCUGUCGACAACGUUCUUCAGUACGCCUCCGACAUUCCCUCGGGUCAACCUCGUGUCGCCCCGCCGGUCCAGCGUCCCGCCGGCGGUCUGGCUAGCGCCCGACGCGCCAGUGCCGGCCUGCCGAAUCUACAGUCGAGGACGGGACAACAGAAUAUGCCGUCGCGUACGACCAAGAUCAGCGAGAAGCUUGUGCUACUGCCCGAAACGGAUGACAAGCCAGGAUCCGAUGAGGACCUCGACGAGGAGGCGAGCAAGAUGGCUCGAGAGAUCGAAGCUGAGGAGAAUCGCCCACUACGCGACGAGGAGCUUGACGUGCUCCGCAAGAGAGGCGGCAUCCGCGGCAAGAGUUACGCCGAGCGCCUGCCCAAGGUUCAGCGCAAGGAGAAGCUGGCGCGGCUGACGGCGUACUGCACGGCGCAGUCGUAUAAGAUGAAAUCAACUGCCGAGUUUCUCCGGACCAAGCACGACGCCAAGACGAAGCUCUACGACGACUGCCUCUACGUGGUGUACUCGCUGCCUCUUCUGAACGGCACCGAGGGCUACCGCGUCCGCAGCCGACCCAUUGUCAAGACGCCCGGAAGCGGUAAGACUGUCUUGGACAUGGAAAUUGAACGGAGCGAGCAGCGCGACUACCACGAAGGGUACUUCGAAGAUGCUGUCGACACUGGCAGCCCUAUGCACGGUAGCCCCAUGAACGGUAAUGGUGUCUACGGGGACGGAUCCUCCUCGCCGCGCCAUCACCGCGAGCAGUCCCCUGACGACCUCAACAUCUCGCCUAUGGCUCGGAUCCCGGACGCCAAGCUAUUCGCCGAGAUGUUUCUCUUCUCCUACGGCGUCGUUGUGUUCUGGAACUUCACAGAGCACCAAGAGAAGGAUAUCCUCGCGGACCUAACGUUCGCACAGAACGAGAACGGGCUCUCGCUUCUCACGCGCCCGCUCGACGAGGACGACUUCGAGACGGAGGAAUUCCACUUCGAGUACAGCCACGACGUGAAGCGGCCGCGCAUCUUUAACGAUAUGAUUACAUUACUCCCGCGCAGCGAUCACAUGGUCAAGCUUACCAUCAGCCACGCCAUCGCGCAAAGCACAAAGUUAUGCCUGUUUGAGGAGCGCAUGAGCGAGACGAUGCUCGACGCGCAGCAUGUUCCGAAGCGACUGGCACUCACGGGCGAGCUGAAUAUGACGAGGACGGAGAUUGUCAGGAUCCUCGGCCGGCUGUUCAUGAGCCGCGUCGACAUUAACCUCUCCUCGAACAUCCUUGACGUCCCCAACUUCUUCUGGGACUCGGAGCCGACGCUGCACCCGCUCUAUGUCGCCAUCCGUGAGUACCUUGAGAUCGACCCGCGCAUCAAGGUUCUCAACGAGCGCUGCCGCGUCUUCCUCGACCUCGCCGAGAUUCUGUCCGACUCAGUCGCCGACGCCAAGAUGAGCUACAUCACCUGGAUCAUCAUCGUCCUUAUCAUCAUAUCCAUCCUCGUCACAAUGACCGAGGUCGGCUUACGCUUCGGUAUGCUGUCCAAAAACAACGGCAAGGGGCUGGCCGAGGGCGCCGCCGCCGUGCCGCUGAUCGCCGCCGCCGCCGGCCGCUCGGAAGCUAAGACCCUGCUUUUGCCGGGCAGCGUCAAGUGGGAGCUCGAGAAGAGGAAUGUCAGCCUCGACGAGCUGAGGCUUUGGAGCCGGAUGCUCAGCGAAGAGGAGGGAAGGGCAGGGGGCUCAGAUGUUGUCGGGAGCCGGAUCGUGGGCAAGACCUUUGCUGGCGUUUGA